AUGGUCUCAUUCACCACGCUCCUCACCCUCGCCGCAGGUGCCCUAGCCACACCCGUCACUCCCGCGCUGACGUCUCGUGGCAUCGAUAUCCCCGCAAACUGGACCUGGCACGUCAGCGGCUGGGAAGCCGGAUGCCAACGCCGCGGCUGCUACUACAACUUCAACGUGACGAUCCCCAGCGUGCGCGCCGCCAUUGGCGGCGGCAAGUACUACUGCAACGGCUACGAGAACGGGUGGUACCGCAAAGGCAACUGGUAUGAAGAGUGCACGCUGCUGGAGGUUGCGCCUGGCGAGUUUUUGUCAGAGGCAAACAAUACGGUUGCGGCGAAGCUGAGUGAGCAGGUGGGCGAUGAUCCGACGCCAAAUGAGAUUCUGGUUAGUUUUGUGUGGAAUGGGUAUGAGCCGACUGGACGCCCCUCGUACAACUUCUCUGGUUCUGCUCCGACUGUGUACAACCAGUUUGUUAGCCCUACUCUGGAAUUUGACAUUACUCCUUCUAGCGUUUUCGCUGUCGCGUAA